UGUUGAUAUAAUGUCCAACGUGUUUGAGGAGUGGUAAACCUUUCUCUGCCCUGUCCUAGGUUGUUUUUGUGAUAACCGUUAUUCGAACGUGUCUACAGUUGGACACGAUGCGGUCUUUUUUGCGGAUGAAAUUCUGAAAUUCACGUGCAUCAGACAAAACUGAUGUUGCGAUUAUUGUUACUCCGGUGUCGACCACGAUGGUACCCUGCGCUGGAGCUGAGGAGGUGGCAAAGUUCCUCGACCGAGCCUCACCUGGAACAAGCGCACAACUGUCCUCAGAGGAGAGUGAACCCACUCAACAUUCAGAUGCUAUCUACAAACCUACACGAGCAGAUAUUCCGCGGAACGGAGCCAGUGUACGUGCAGGAGAACGUGGAGCGGAGUGUCAGGCACCUGGAGGAGCAUCAACUUUGGGGCAAAGAAGCCGCGCUUCUUCCCGACGUUGAGCUGAAGUUGCCUCAGAUGUAUGGCAGCGAUAUUGACGAACACUUCCGGAUUUUGGCUCAGAAGCAGAGUUUGCCUUACCUGGAGGCGGCUAGUUUGCUUCAGCUCACGCAGUUGCCCCCAAUGCCUUGUACCUGGGUAUGGGAAGUAGGAUGGACUCGCUAUGGACCGGACGGGGAGUGCAGAAAAGUGGAUUUUCCUGACGAGAAGGCCCUUGUUUUUGACGUGGAGGUGUGCAUGGCAGAGGGUCACUGUCCCACACUUGCCGUAGCUGUGUCUCCCUGUGCUUGGUACUCAUGGUGCAGUAAAAGGCUCGUUGAGGACAGGUACACUUGGUCUAAUCAGCUCACACUAGCUGACCUUAUUCCUUUGGAGACCACCGUCAACUCCAGCCGACCUCCAAGGGGUAUGUGGCAGGAACGACUGGUAGUGGGUCACAAUGUCAGCUUUGACCGUGCUCACAUUAAGGAGCAGUACCUGUUAAAGGGCUCCAAAGUCCGGUUCUUGGACACCAUGAGUCUCCACAUGGCCAUCUCUGGACUGACUGGGUUCCAGCGCUCCCUCUGGAUGGCCAGCAAAUAUGGCAAGCGCAAAGGCCUGCAGGAAGUCAAGGAACAUAUGAAGAAAAUAGGGAGGCGGACUGAGGGGCCAAAGAUUGGCUCCUGGGAUUGGGUGGAGAUCAGCAGUAUCAAUAAUUUAGGUGAUGUCCAUGCUCUGUAUGUCGGUGGGGAGCCCUUAAAGAAGGAGGCCCGGGAGAUUUUUGUGAAGGGCAGCAUGAUUGACGUGCGGGAGAACUUUCAGGAGCUCAUGCAGUACUGUGCCCUGGAUGUGCUGGCGACACAUGAGGUGUUCACCCAGCAGCUGCCCCUCUUCAUGGAGAGAUGCCCUCAUCCGGUCACAUUUGCCGGGAUGCUGGAGAUGGGGGUGAGUUACUUGCCUGUCAAUCAGAACUGGCAACGUUAUUUAGAGGAUGCCCAGGACACGUAUGAGGAACUGCAGCUCGAGAUGAAAAAGUCCCUGAUGCGGCUGGCAGAUGAUGCAUGUCAGCUUCUAGAAGGCCAGAGAUACAAAGACGACCCCUGGCUGUGGGACUUGGACUGGGAGGUUCAGGAAUUUAAAAAGAAGAAGGUGCCUCAGAAAAAGAAAAAGGCAAAUAAAGCAGAAGAGACAAAAGCACCUACCAUUUCAGCAGUUGACUGGGACAUGGACACUGGCCCCCCGUCUGAGGAGGAGUUGAAUGGUGUGGACCCCAGUAAAGAACUGCUGGACAAACUGAAGCAAACAGUGAGCUGUUUACCAAAGAGGAGACAACAUCUGCCUGGUCAUCCUAGCUGGUAUCGUAAGCUGUGUGUAAAGCUGUCGGAGAGUGAGGACUGGUCACCGGGAGCAAGUCUGAUCAGUCUGCAGAUGCGGGUGACCCCCAAGCUGAUGGGGAUGACCUGGGAUGGCUUCCCUCUGCACUACACGGACCGGCAUGGCUGGGGCUACCUGGUGCCAGGUCGCAGGGACAACCUGGACUUGGACGAGGAGGAAGUUGGCCCAGUGUGUCCCCACAGGGCCAUCGAAAGCAUCUACAGAGAGUACUGUGAGCAGAGGGGGGAGGAGCAGCCGCAGUGUCUGGACACACCUCUGCCUGAUGCCCUCAUGCUGAGUGACAGCGCUGUGUGGCAGACUGCUGAGGAGUUGAGCCGUCUGGAGGAUGUGGCUGAGGAUGAGUUUGUAGUCAAGAGCAAGUCAAGGGUCAAGAAGGUCAAGGAAUCCAGAUUACCCGAUGGUCCUCCAGAGGAAAGCCAGUGUCCUUAUCACCAUGGAAAUGGUCCAUAUAAUGAUGUCAAUAUUCCAGGGUGCUGGUUUUUCAAACUUCCUCAUAAGGAUGGGAAUGAGAACAAUGUUGGCAGUCCUUUCUCCAAGGAUUUCUUAAGUAAGAUGGAGGAUGGGACUCUUCAGGCAGGCAGAGGGGGCACAAAUGCCACACGGGCCCUCGAGAUUAAUAAGAUGAUCUCAUUCUGGAGAAAUGCCCAGAACCGUAUCAGUUCCCAGAAGGUGGUUUGGCUGCGGAAGGGAGAUUUUCCUCUCACCGUGAGGAGACAUAAAGAGUAUGAUGAUGAAGGCCAGUAUGGUGCCAUCCUGCCACAGGUCGUCACUGCAGGAACGGUGACCCGUAGAGCUGUGGAACCAACAUGGCUGACGGCUAGCAAUGCUCGGCGUGACCGAGUGGGCAGCGAGCUGAAGGCCAUGGUGCAGGUACCACCAGGAUAUCACCUGGUGGGGGCUGACGUGGACUCCCAGGAGCUUUGGAUCGCGGCAGUUUUAGGAGAGGCUCACUUUGCCACCAUGCAUGGCUGCACGGCAUUCGGCUGGAUGACCCUCCAGGGCAAGAAGAGCCAGGGCACAGACCUGCACAGCCGCACCGCCGAUGCUGUGGGCAUCAGCCGUGAGCACGCCAAGGUUUUCAACUACGGCCGAAUCUAUGGUGCUGGACGGCCUUUUGCAGAGCGCCUGCUCAUGCAGUUCAACCACCGGCUCAGUCAGCCCGACGCCGCUGACAAGGCCAGGCACAUGUAUGCGCUGACCAAAGGAUUACGCAGGUGCCAUCUGAAUGAGGAGGGGGAGUGGCUACUGCAGAAGCUGGGCGUGGAUGUGCAGAAAGCUGAGGACGGGAGCGUCUCCAUGCAGGACGUGCACAGGAUCCAACGGACAGCAGCGCAGAGUUCCCGCAGGCGUAAGUGGGAUAUAGUUGGUAAGCGUGUUUGGGGAGGAGGCACAGAGUCCGAGAUGUUCAACAAGCUGGAGAGCAUCGCCCACUCCCCUCAGCCGUCCACCCCUGUGCUGGGGUGCCGCAUCUCACGAGCCCUGGAGCCUUCCGCGGUGGGGGACGAGUUCAUUACCAGUCGAGUGAACUGGGUAGUCCAGAGCUCAGCCGUGGAUUAUCUGCACCUGAUGCUGGUUGCCAUGCGCUGGCUACUAGAGGAGUACGACAUCGACGGCCGUUUCUGCAUCAGCAUCCACGAUGAGGUGCGCUACCUGGUGUGUAGCGAGGACCGCUAUCGAGCAGCCUUAGCCCUGCAGAUCACCAACCUGCUGACCAGAUGCAUGUUUGCCUAUAAGCUGGACCUGCAGGACCUUCCCCAGUCUGUGGCCUUCUUCAGUGCUGUAGAUGUGGACCAGUGUCUGCGGAAGGAGGUGACCAUGGACUGCGUCACUCCAUCCAACCCCACGGGCCUGGAGCGCAGAUACGGCUUUGCCCAAGGUGAAGCCUUGGAUAUUUACCAGAUCAUGGAGAUCACCAAGGGCUCACUGGAGAAGGCCAGAUAGGAGGAGGAGCCGGGACCAGAUCCUCCUGUAACUGAGGUGUAGUGCGGCGGAUGGGUAAAGACGACGACAUGAGCGUCCUCACACCUUCCUCUUCUUCUUCCUGGGCUGCUGACUCACUUCAGGGCUCUGGGUGACCAUUGUCUGGAGGAAGAGGUGUGUUAGUAAGGCAGCCGUCAAACCGCCUCUUCACAUUCGUCAUGAGGAAGAGGCCAAGGGAGGGAGCGGUUGUGAGGUCAAACCUUUGCACUUACCUGCUGACUGUCAGCUUCCUGCUGCUCCUGCAACAUGGUGUCCAGGGCUGCUGCGUUGAUGCGGAAGUCUCUGGAAGUACUCAGUUUCAUAUACUGCAUCAGAUUUACCUGCCGAAAAAGAACACCUCUGAUGUGUACAUCUGACUUAUAUGCACACUGAUGUUUAAAUUAAAAGUGUGAGUGUCCUUUUAAUGGGGGGACAAUGUGUGAUAUUUUCUGUGUUUCAAAUGCACUGUUAAAUACUGUAGACAUGUGGUGAAUUGAGAAGUGCCUGCCAACCUUUGACUUCUUGGAGAGGAGAAUAAGGAACUUCUCGUACUGCUCGAUGCUGAAGAUGAGGUUGGGAAUGGCUCUGGUCUGACGCAGGACCUUCACCUGAGAAGGGAGUGAAACAGACACAGCCAGAGAGGAUGCAGAGAGAGAGACAUUACAACCACUACUGGAGCAAGUUAGGACAGCCCUAAUGAAAACAGAGAAGUGGAGAUGGGAUCCUUACAGAAGCUGCCAUCAUAGCAUCCUCCUCUUUUUUCUUCUUUUUCUUCUCUCCUCCUCCAUUCCCCUCACCGCUCUGGAAGAGACAUUAAUCAUGCACAUUUAAGUCAAAACCAAUCUGUUGCAUUUAAAGAAAAACAAAAAAAACAACGACUGUGUUUAAAGUUGCAGAAAUUAAAGAACUAUAUAUUUUGA